CAUUCAGCCAUCAGACUCCUGCACCUUCUGGUUUUAUGUUAUACUACUUCCAGGCCUCUAACACAGGACCACUACUACAAAUGGACCAAGAACCAGGCUCUCUCGCCAAUCUCGCUCAAUCUUGUAACGAUGCUGCUAUGUAUAUGAACGAAGGAGCGAGCCUUCUUCUCGCAAGUCCGCACGAAGUUCUGCUGCCCAUCCAAGACAGAAUCACGGCGAUUAAUGAUCACAUUCGAGCCUUACUCUCCGACAUAAGCAAAUCAGGAACCUGGAGGGAUGCGUUGAUGAUCAGAGCUCAAUCGCAGGAAUCAACGAGCUUUCUUCCCAUCUUGCCUUCGAAUAGGAUACAGAGUCACCCUUCAAGACAGCCAGAACUUGUCAAGGAUCUACUAACAUCAGCUAUUGCGCAAUUCGAGCCGUACAUACCGGAACUGUUGAGCAUCCAAGUCCAAACUCCCGACCUCCUCAUUCAGGAUCCUAGAAUCAUGCAUCUGCAUCCCAUUCUGGCCCUCCAAUGCAAGCGAAAGGCGCGGUCCAUCAAGCUUUACGAUCGACUAUUGCUAGUGUGCUCUUGCAUGUCACUCGCAGACGACUUUCACGCCUUUGAGAAGAGUCGUGGCUGGUCGUCGAAGCAAGAGAUUCUAAUCGCCGGCUUCCUCAGCGACUGUGUUCCGGCUAUACAAAAGAUUGGAAAGCAUCUUCGAAGCUUCCUGGCGACGAUGAACACAAAUGUGGUCGACGAGCGUCGCUUAGAUGCCGGCGUUCGUCUUGGAACAAAGCUAAAUGUCAUAGAAGCUAUUAGCAGCCGGUAUGGCCUUGGCUCCAGCCUAACUCUGGUUCUUGGAUUUGAGAUCUCCAAACUUUCUCGCCUGUUAUAUAAAGCUCUUACGGCACUGAAGGCCCUUUCUGCCCUAGAUGAAGGUAUUGAUAGCAUACUAUCAUCCUCAGAGGGCUUCGGUCUUUGGUGGUGCGAAUUCAGACGUUCGUACAGUUCGAGAUUUGCGAACAUCAGAUCGUCUGGUAAAGAAAAGUUGGAAAACCCUCUUGGUGACGCGCCUAACAUAGAUUGUAUCUCGAACGGGUUCUUUACAAGGCCUCAAUCGCACCAAGAGAUAGCACCACCAUUCAUGGAUUUAGAGGUCAUAUCCUCGUUCCCAGAUUAUGCCAACGAGGGGUCCUAUAUGCCCGCAUGGGAUUGGAACACAAGCUUCAACACUGGAUUAAGGUAGUCUUACGGGAGAGCUACCGCAUCUAAAAGCAGGAUCGCCUUUACUACGUAUUGUGUCGGUAUAAGCAGGGAUGAAAGAGGUGCAACCAACAUGCAGCCAAGUAUGUUGAAGGACAGCAUCGAUUAUACGAGUAGAUAGAUGAUGAUCGGAUGACGCAGACUUGACUAGUAACAUGUAUUGUGGCUAUGGAAGUUCAUAACACGCUAUAGAUUCAUCAGAUAGGUGCUCAAUUCUCCCG